CUACGGAGUUUACAUCCCGCCGUCCCAACCGCGUGAAGUCACGGGCCACUCCCAUUCUCGAAUCGAGCACCUCAUUCCUCCGUUCCCCAACCCCGACUCUUUUUGUCGUCUUAUCCACCCCACUUCGCGCCGGCGCGGAAACACCGCCCAAGCCCUAGAUCCAUUCAUCCGUCCACCGCGAGUCCACCACCUCCCUCCCUUCUCCCGCCGUCCCCGCCGCCUCUUCGACCACGGGACCGCGCACGCAGCGGAGAACCUUCGCGGCUUGGGAUCAACUCAUUCCUGUGCUGGUUGUAGUACGCUGUGAUAAACAUUAAAGAUCUGUGGGGUUGCCUGAGGAAGCCGCUUUAGACUUCACUGCUGUGUUUACAUUUGUUUCUGAAAUAAUAUUCUCUUCCAUAUCAUGGGGUUUGAAUCCACAUUACCCCUAACAGAGCAUGUAGAUUAUAAGAGUGAGAUUGAAACCUCACAAGUUUUCAGCUGUGAUUCAACAAUUGUAGAAGAGGUGGAAAAGAGUCUCAGUGAGGAACUUUUACUGCUAGUUCCUGUGGAAAAUAAGGAAGACACAGAAUCCCUUUGUACAAUUUGUGAUCUUGAAAAUAACAAGGGCGAUGUUGCUUACGCCAUCACUCCAAGGGUUGUUACACUAGAACUGUCAAUCUCUAGCGAGGCUCCAGAUGACAGUCUUUCAUUGGGUUGUGAGACACCACGUGAAAGCAUCUUUGAUCCUUUUGCUCCAGGACCAGUGGAGGUGGCCUGUGCACCAAAAAAGAAAGUGAUCAGAGGUGCGGAAAUUCCCUCUCGAAGGCAGCUGAAUUUUGAUUCAGGUGACUACCCAGUUAAAAGGUUAAGUUUUGAUUGGAGCGAUUCUGAAGAGGAGGAUCAAUAUCUCCAAGUCAUUCACAAGAUGAUUCUUGAUCUAUUUAUUUCAGACGGUUCUCUUGAUCGACAGGAAGAAAAUGAAAAGAUACUGACAGAUUCAAGCCCGGAUGAAAGCUGUAAGACACCUUUUUCAAAGCCUCUACUUACUGGCGUUGCAACCACAUGCCCAGAUGCUCCUUUGAGGCCAUCUCUUAAAGUGUUGAAACUCAGCCCAAGCUUUUGUCGAAAGAUCGACUUUGAUUCAGUUAGUCCAAGGUCUUCAGUUGUUAAAGAGAAUAAUUGAUAGCCAGUUCCUCCUGUUUGAUGAGUAAUGAGCUGCGUUUUUGGGACUGAAUUAUGCAUGCUGGUGAUCUGUGCCUUGGUAACAGCAUUUGGUCUUCCUCUGUACCGCAUGCCUAGCUAAACCUGGACCUGUAGGGACUAUUGCUGAUGUUAAAGAAGUAGCAAGCAGUUUUAGGUAUACAUGUAAUAUAUGUUUGUUCUUCUUUUGUAACUCUCAAAUUUAUGUUAGUACAUGUCGUCGCUGACCAUGUGAUUUUGUCAAUCUUAAAUGACCGGUUCAGUCUGAUUGAUGUAAUGCAGCUAGUGCAGUUUCUUCC